AUGGAGGCGCAGAGUUCGCGGGAGCCCGAUCCGCCCACCCCCACCGCCCGGGCCCGUUCGAGGCCCGAUCCGUUCCUGAUCACCUGCCGAUGCUUCAGCGUCAUCACUGCUCUGGCCGCCGUUCUCUGCAUCGCCGUCAACAUCCUCUCCGCCGUCCACUCUUUCAGCAACGGAUCUGAUAUUUUCGAUGGGAUAUUCCGGUGUUACACGGUAGUCAUUGCCUCGUUUGUGGUGGUCGCUGAGACUGAGUGGGAAUUCAUCAUGAAAUUCUCCAAGGUUCUGGAAUAUUGGGCAGGCAGAGGGAUGCUGCAAAUCUUUGUUGCAGUGAUGACCCGAGCUUACCCCGAGUACUUAAAAGAUCGCGAAGAGCUUUUUCUCCUUCAGAGCAUUUCUAGCUACAUACUUCUUGCUUGUGGUGUGGUUUACUUUAUAUCAGGAAUGUUCUGCAUUGGCAUGGUGAAACGUGCUCGCCAGAAAAAAGAAGUCUCGAGGGAGCAAGCAAUAAAGGAUCUUGGGGAGCUUGAGCAGCGUCGAGAAGAACUUGAGGCAUUGUUGGUCCCUGGCGAAGCUUGA